AUAAUGCCAUCUCCAGCAGAGUUUUUGCAACUGGCCAGACGCGGAACGAAAACGAAAUAAAAAUAAGCCUAUUCAUUCUGCUUUUUAAACACAGAAAAAGGAAAUGGCCGAUGUGUUGGACAUUGACAAUGCGGAGGAGUUCGAGGUGGACGAGGACGGUGACCAGGGCAUUGUGCGCUUAAAGGAAAAGGCGAAGCACCGCAAGGGACGCGGAUUUGGAGGCGACAGUAACACCCGAGAGGCGAUCCACAGCUACGAGCGUGUGCGCAACGAGGACGACGAUGAGCUGGAACCUGGUCCACAACGGUCCGUCGAGGGCUGGAUCCUGUUUGUCACCUCUAUCCAUGAGGAGGCGCAAGAGGACGAGAUUCAGGAAAAGUUCUGCGACUACGGAGAGAUCAAGAACAUUCACCUGAACCUCGACCGGCGCACUGGGUUCUCAAAGGGAUACGCUCUGGUCGAGUACGAGACCCACAAGCAGGCGCUCGCCGCCAAAGAGGCGCUUAACGGUGCCGAAAUAAUGGGACAGACCAUUCAGGUAGACUGGUGCUUCGUUAAGGGACCGAAGCGCGUUAAAAAGUCCGAAAAGCGUCGCAGAUAAACGACUCCCAGCCCCAAGAAUAAUUUUUUAAAAUAGUUUAAUGAAUAGGCAACCGUACAAAGUCUAUAUGAAUUGAAAUAAAUCAGAUAACUCUACCAAUUA